AUGUCUCGGAGUUCAGCUCCCGCAGUGCCUCUCACCCCCCUCUCCCGGUCCUGCCGUGCCCCCCGUCCUGCUGCGCUUCCUGUGCCCCCCAGCUCUACCCCCUCACCUUUGCUGCAUCCCCGGUGCCCCCAGCUCUGCCCCCUCACCCUCGCUGUUCCCCCGGUCUCUGCCCGCCCCCUGCACGGCCCGCACCUCCGGAGCAUCCCGUUAUCUCCAUCCCCGCGGGCACUGCCGGUGUGUGCCCCCCGCAGCCCAGGGGAACCCUGUGCCCCCCUGAGCAUCCCCCGGGAGACACCCCCUGUCCCCCACACGAGUACCAGACUCCUCACCACAGAGCUUCUUCACCAGCGUGGCAGCCUGCAGAGCUGGGAGGGGAGCACACACCUCCAAAGUGUGCCUGCACCAGUGGUGACUGUCUCCCUGCUUUCACAGGUGGUGGCCUUGGGAGAAGUGCCCGAUGGGACAGUGGUGACUGUCAUGGCUGGAAACGAUGAGAACUACUCUGCAGAGCUGCGGAACGCUUCUGCUGUGAUGAAGAACCAGGUGGCCAGAUUUAAUGACUUACGAUUUGUGGGCAGAAGUGGAAGAGGGAAGAGCUUUACUUUGACAAUAACUGUCCUGACAAAUCCCCCCCAAGUUGCUACAUACCACAGAGCUAUAAAGGUUACAGUGGAUGGGCCAAGAGAGCCAAGAAGGCACAGACAGAAGCUUGAUGACUCUAAACCUAGUUUGUUCUCUGAACGCCUCAGUGAUUUAGGGCGCAUUCCUCAUCCCAGUAUGAGAGUAGGGGUCCCGACCCAGAGCCCACGGCCCUCUCUGAACUCUGCACCAAGUCCUUUUAAUCCACAAGGACAGAGUCAGAUUACAGACCCCAGGCAGGCGCAGUCAUCCCCGCCAUGGUCCUAUGACCAGUCUUACCCAUCCUACCUGAGCCAGAUGACUUCACCGUCCAUUCACUCCACAACUCCCCUGUCCUCCACUCGAGGCACGGGACUUCCAGCCAUUACCGAUGUGCCCCGACGCCUCUCAGGUGCUUCAGAGCUGGGCCCAUUUUCAGAUCCCAGGCAGUUCACAAGCAUUUCAUCCCUCACUGAGAGCCGCUUCUCCAACCCACGAAUGCACUAUCCAGCCACCUUUACCUAUACACCGCCAGUCACCUCAGGCAUGUCACUGGGUAUGUCCGCAACCACUCACUACCACACCUACCUACCACCACCCUACCCCGGCUCUUCCCAAAACCAAAGUGGACCUUUCCAGACCAGCAGCACUCCAUAUCUCUACUAUGGCACUUCGUCAGGAUCAUACCAGUUCCCCAUGGUGCCGGGAGGGGACCGCUCCCCUUCCAGGAUGCUCCCGCCGUGCACCACCACGUCCAACGGCAGCACACUGCUAAACCCUAACUUGCCCACCCAGAGUGACGGGGUGGAGGCGGAUGGCAGCCACAGCAGCUCCCCAACCGUCUUGAAUUCUAGUGGCAGGAUGGAUGAGUCCGUUUGGAGGCCGUACUGAGAUUUCUUCCGUAGCCGGCCCAACCUCCGCAAGCCAAAAAAAAAAAAACCAAAAAAAACACCAAACCACCAAACGGUCGACUAACUACGAAGUGCCUGGUUUUUGUUUUUGUUUUUGUUUUUUUUUAAACAGAUUUUACCAAUAUGUGCAACUGUGUAGAUGGGAUCAUAAUGGCCAUAAAUAAUACAAGAGUUACCAACACACCACAACCCAUGUUUCAGAUUAUGUGAAUCAAAGCACAUAUUUGCUUUUUUUUUUUUCCCUUGGAACCAUUUUACCUUAUUUUGUAUUUAAAAUGUAC